GUAGGUGUUGCAGCUCAAGCAACAUGGGGCCAUUCUGCAGCUCAUGGCAAAUCAUACAUCGCUGCCGAUUAUGUCAAAUUUAUCGAAGCAGCCGGUGGACGUGUCGUUCCAAUACCAAACAAUGCAACGGAUGAAUACGUCACCAAAAUGUUCCACUACAUCAACGGGUUUCUAUUGCCUGGAGGAGCUACUUCUGUUUAUCGUUCUGGCUACGAAAGAACAGCCAAAAUCAUGCUAAAUUUAGCGAUGCAGGCCUAUGAAAAUGGGGAUUACUUUCCUAUUUGGGGAACUUGCCUCGGCUUUGAACAGUUAGCAGUUUUAGUAGCUGGAAAUCAUGCUCUCACUAACUGUUCGGCCUGGGAUGUUAGCUUGCCAUUAGAAUUAAACCAAGAUUUUCGAGAUAGUCGAAUGUUUCAUAAGGCGCCGGAAGAAAUUAUUAAUAUUCUAAAAUCACAAAGUGUGACUGCUAAUUAUCAUCAUGAAUGUGUAUCAUGGAAGAACUGGUUCAGUUCUAAUGGUGAACACUUACAGAAUAUGUUUAAGGUCCUAUCCAGUAAUUCUGAUGUCAAAGGUCUAAAGUUCAUUUCUACCAUAGAAGGCAAGACACAUCCAAUAUUUGCCACGCAAUGGCAUCCAGAAAAAAAUAUGUUCGCCUGGAGACCAAACUUGCACGUAGCUCAUUCUGAAGAUGCUAUAAAGAUAAGUCAGUACAUGGCGAAUUUUUUUGUAGGAGAAGCUCGGAAAAAUAUGCACCAUUUCCCAAGCCGAGAAGCGGAAAUGCAUGCCUUAAUUUACAAUUUUAAUCCUGUAUAUUCUGGACUUCAAGGAUCUGAAUUUGAGCAGAAAUAUUACUUUUAA